AUGGCUUGCAGCGACGAGAUUUGGAACUUUGCAAGAACCCUUUCAACCUCAAUCGCGGCUAACAAUGCAACAGUUACCAUGCAACAACCCUCUGAUGGGGAUGAACAUCAAGCCAGCGUAGAGCGAGAAUCAAACGCCACUUCCCUUUCGAUCCAUGUAUUACAUGACAUAGAGCACAUAGGUCAAUUUUACACUGUUCGACAAGAUGAUAUGGAUGCUGUACUAGCUAAAGCAUUACCAAGGCGACUGACAAGUUUCUCAAAAGUAAUUGGAUCGGCUGAUAUCAUGAUAAGAGAUCCGGCAAUAGAUAUUAUAAAUCAAUUAAAGAAGAGAUCACCCGAUGAACAACCGUUAAAGUUUAUUAUUGGUGGUAGAGACGGUACUGGUAAAACCGUAACAUUAGCUCAUGUGAUUCACUACUGUUAUCGAUCUAAUUGGUUUAUUUUACACGUUCCAAGUGUAUAUAAGUGGAUCAGUCCGAAUUGCGAAGUUAAACGAUCACAUCGCAGAAAAAAAUUUUGGGACCAGAUAGACCAUGCUUGUGAAUGGCUAAAACUAUGUAAAUCAAUCAAUAAACAUCUAAUUGGAAAUAUGUUUAUAAAGGAGACAUUUCAUUAUGGUCGAGGUGACAAAUUCGUGAAAGGCGAUAGUCUAGCUAAAGUAAUUGAACAAGGCCUGUUAAAAUCGGAGUUUUCUGUGGACGUAGUGGAAUGUAUUUUACAGGAACUUGCAACCCAAAAUGAAAUCCCAGUGUUGUAUGCUGUUGAUGAAUACAAUGCCUUUUUCGGAAAAAGUGCGGUCCAAGACUGGGAUAAAAAAAAUCGCAAUGGAGCAUAUGUCAUGGCGAUUUCACGUACUGGUGCACCAAGAACACAUUGCUAUACUGCUAAGCAAUUAUUACCCGGCGUAGGUAUGAAACGUAGUGAGCCGUAUAGCCCCAAGGUUGUAUCCAAUCUUACUAAGGAAGAAGUCAAAACAUUUAUUCAUUAUUAUAAAAUGAAGUCUUGGCUAAACUGUCGUAAGACGUUAUGUAUUGAUUUUCACAUUUCAAAAUAA